GAUUGGCCUGUGUGAAAGUGUGGGAUGGUCACAUCAGGGGGUUGUAGCUCUUAGAUGUGUCUACCUAAGCUUCCUACCUCUGAACUGAGAUCUGAUGAUACAGAAUAGACUGCUUCAUUUGGAAGGGACCUGGUUGUCUGGCUCACCCUGGCAAAGCAAAGCUGUAGGAUGCCUCAUGAAUCUUUCUUCUAAAUGCAGUGGUGAGCUUCACAGGAAGGCUGGACUGCUGUGCUGCCCACACCUCUGACCUUCGUCACCAAAGCCCUUUUUUUUUACUGAAAAAGAGGAAGGAAAAAACAUCAGCAACUGUGCUGGGUUCCUGGCUGACAAAGUGAGAGGAGAAAGGGAAGUGUUCCUGAUUUUGUCUCCUGGCUUGGAGAGAGGCAGGAGGUCUGCUCUACUCUAGAGUGAAAGGCUGCAGCUCCGGGAAGGAUGCGAACGCUGGUGAGAGCAGUCCUGCUGGUGAGCCCUUUUCUCUUCUGCAAUGCUUUUCUGGACCUGACUGGCCCCAGUGAGGUCAAAGGUGUGUGGAAGGGAUCUGUCACCUUGCCAUGUGCCUAUGUGCCUGCAAAGGACUUUGUGCAGCAAACACUCAGGUGGAAUGUGGUACAUGACCAGAGCUCUGGCACUCUUUUUCUGAGGGAUGCUUCUGGAGACUACAUUCUCCUGUCUGAGUACAGGGACAGGGUCAGUGUCCCGAAGGAUGCCCCAGGGAACGUCUCUCUCCACAUCCUGAAGCUGGAGAUCUCUGACAGGGGAAGCUACACUUGCCAGGUCACCUGGAGAGCAAGCAACAACAGCCUGAUGGCAAGAGAGAUGACCACUAAAAUGGAGGUUGUUAAAGUUGCAGCUACCAAGCCCAUCAUCAGGGCCGGCGAGCUGGGGCUGAGGGUCCCAGCAGGAGCCAGGACCAGCCUGACCUGUGAGGCCAGUGGCUCCCCCCCCAUCAACUACCGCUGGUUCAGGAGCACCCCAGAGGGGAAAGCUCUGCUCCUCAGCAGCCAAGCUGAGCUGGCAUGGGACAACCUGCAUCCCUCUGACUCUGGGAUGUACUACUGUGAGGCAACAAACAGAGCUGGGGCCGGAGCCGUGCAGCAGAGUGAUGCUGUGGAGCUGACUGUGACAACAGAUCCAACCACACCACCAGUGACCUUUCCAAGGGACGUGGGAACUUCAGGGACACACCACCCAGCCACAGGUCUGCCCACAACAGCAGUGACCUCAGAGAAUGCUGUGGGGUAUCCAGAAAAGAACUAUACAACUCGGGGCUUCCAGAGGACUGGCCUGUCCCUGUACCUCAUCAUCCUGAUUGCUGUGGUUUGCAGCGCUGUGCUGUUCCUUGUCAUCUCCCUUAUCAUUUGCAUUAGAAAGCCCAAAGACGCUCAAGUCUACCAAGUAACUUACGAAAACUCAAAAGCAACAGCUUCAUCGAGAUUUGAAACAGCUGUUUAUGAGGAGCCCAUCACCUCCACUGAGAACAACUAUGUGGUGGAGCCCACAGAAAACAGAUCUGAAGAAACAAGUGCAAAACAGAACAAAUCUGACUGUGCUGGAAAUGCUCAGGAGUCUGAAUAUGAAGUAGGGGAGACUGUAUGAGAACCAACAGCGUUCUGCUGGGAACGGUCCUGAAGGGUGCCUUCACCCAGGCAAAAUUUAUCUUCCUACUCACCUUUGCCUCUGAAAAAUAAAAAUAAUUUGGGCCAACA